UGGCAGACAGUGUGUGCGUGUGUAUGUGUGUGUGUGAUGUUUUCGUGUUUCUCCAAAGACUCCGGCUCGUCUCCCCGGGAGCUCCUCCAAACAUGUCCCCGCUGCUGCUGCUCCUGCUCGGCCUGCUCUCUCUGCUGCUCGGCCUGCUGCGCCGGAGGAAGAGGUCAGUACUCACUCUGUACUACUCUGAAAUACUGCCAGGAAUACUGCAGUACAAGUACGCUCAUGUACCGCUGUGUGAUGUCCCAGUAUCUCAGCAGUGUUGUCCGCUACAUGGAGGGAAAGUAUCUCCUCACACAGACUGAAGUUUUUCCGCUUUUUAUACUCAGAUUAUUGAAGUAAAAGUACUUCACUCUGUUCAAAAUACGUGUCUGAUCUGAAACUUUGUAGUCAAAGUACUGAAUGUGUGUAAAGUAAUACAUAGUAUCAGAGUCCAAGUACUGCAGUAAUAUCUGUUCUGUUUCAGAAGUACUUUAAUGAGAUAUUCCCAUCGUAAUGAAGUAAUUUAUGCAGUUAAAGUGCUGUGCUCAGUUCAUUCAAAGUAUAACUGUAGGAGUACUCUAAUACUUAUGCUAUUUUCCCAGAGUUAGAGUACAGCAGUAUUUAUAAAUUUGUGAUUUUAAGCACGGCAGUAUACAGGGGUGUUAUACAGGGAGACCAAACGCGACUUCGGCGACAUCAGCAACGGCUCCCAAUGCAAAGUCUAUGGACAGUCGCGUCAGUCGACAGCCGCGACCUGACGCGACUUGGCGACCGGUCGCCAAGUCGCGUCAGGUCGCGCCUGUCCAUAGACUUUGCAUUGGGAGCCGUUGCUGAUGUCGCCGAAGUCGCGUUUGGUCUGAACACCCGUUUACAGUAUUUUCCACUUCGUCCGGUUAGAGAAUUACGGUAUAAGUACUACACACGAAGUAUUUUCAGUGUCAGUCAUAAAAUAAAAAUAUGAAGAAACUUGAUUUUCUGAGAAUAAACAUUAACAACAAAAGUAAAUGUAGGAGAUGACUGCCGUAAAUGUGAUAAAAUUAUUUAAAAAUGAACAAGAUCAAAAUUUUUCAUCAUGGAGAAAAAAAACAGGAAUUUAUUUGAUUUUCAGUAUAAAGAAACAGGAAUGGAGAUGUUAUUUUAAAGAGACUUUAAUUUUAUCAGGAUCAAAUCCUAAAAAAUUUGGGGUGAAGUCAGAAAUGAUCAACCCGCAAAAAUCACGUAAAAACGCUUAAAGAUGUAAAAUUUUUGAAAGAGAAUUUAAGAGAGGAGAGGAGUGUUUGUGUCUGAAAAGCAGAGGGACAGAUGGAUGGUGAUGGAGGCAGCAAAGUUCAGUCGGUCUGAAUCUAAAAGAGGUUUUCUAAAACCUCUUAAAGUCUGAGGGAUUUGUUCUAAAAUAGCUUAAAUCCUUCAGUUUUAAAGAUGGUACAGGUAACAUGGAGGUUUGCUUUAGUGGAUAUUCUCACCAUCAUGAAUGAUCUCACUCUGCUUUCGAGGGUCUGCCGUGUUUACAGACACUGAUGGUUCAUCACUCAGACUCUGAACACUUUUACUUUCAUUUCAUUCGUCUGGGGGCGACGCUGAGGGUCCUGACCGGGGGGUUCAGAGCCUGGGAACUGUAGGGAACUUUGGGAGUCUCUGUAGUUGGGUUUGAAGGAGGUGGGGGCUUCCUGUCUUUGGAUGAGCAGACCUCCUCUGACUCCUGCUGGGAUUUUCCAUUCUUAAUGAGGACCAGCUGCUCCUGAACACGCUCUGGUCUCUGUCUGACUGCUCUGCUGCUCCGGACUUCGCUCCUCUAUUGUUGGUUUGGGUUUAAAUAUUUACUGCGGUCAGUAAAUGACGUGGAGUUAAUGUGCGGAGGAGGACAGAAACAAAGAGAGAGAGGAGAAACGAAUAACCUGAGCUCUCCUACAGCAGCAGAGUUACUGCCUCCUGUUCAAUCAAUCAUAAUAAUAAUAAUAAUAACUUUAUUUUUAUAACACUUUUAAAAACAGACGUUUACAAAGUGCUUUGAGAUAAAGUCAUAAAGCACAUGGAAAAAGAUAAAAACAAAACGCUCAGUUAAAACAGACAAAACAAGAACCCUGCAACAAAAAAUAAGACCAUGAGGACCAAAAUAAAAACAUAAAAUGGAAUUAAAAGGGAGGACGAAAGUGGAAACAGGAUAGUAAAUAUAAGAGGCAAUAUCAACAAUGAUAAUAACAUAACAGGUAACACUGAUGAUAAUAGUAAUGAUAAAAUAGAGAAAUGAGUGAGAGAUAAAACAAUAAAAGGACGAAAAGGUUAAUUAGGAAAAGAGUAAAAGUAUAAGAAAGGAUAAAAAGACCGUAGAGCCGAAAUAAGAGAAAAGAGGUAAAAGAUGAAAGACGUCAUCACAUUAAAUCAAGUCUUAAAAGAAGCGUCUGUCUCUGCUGUUCUCCUUCUCUCCUCUGAAGGUCGUUCCAAAGUCGAGGAGCUCUGAUGGACAAAGAUCGAUCAGCUUUAGUUUAGAGACUUUGGAACGACCAGGAGGACUUCACCAGAGGAUCUGAGAGUUUAACUCAUGAGGAAGUUAAAACUCAGAGAGAAGCUCGGAGAGAGUCCUUUAAGAGCUUUAAAAGUAAUCAAUAAAAUCUUCAAAUCAAUUCUCAAACUGAGAGGAAGUCAGUGAAGGGAGGAUAAAACUGGAGUGAUGUGACCGUCAAUCAAUCUGUGCAUCGAUCUGAAACUAAACUGAACUGAUUUAAAAUGGAUUUUAAAUGAUCUGAUAUUAUUUUAAACUGAUUUUAAGUUUGCUUUCAAACUGAUUUCUGUCUGUUAAAAUAAAGAUUUGAAGUUACUCUGACAGACACUGACAGAGAGUUAAAACAGACAUUAAAGGGUUAACCACAGAGUAAAAACCUGAACUUUAGUCAAUCAGUGAAAAUGUCCUAAAAUACAUUUAAACGUGGAUUUCUGGUCAGUUAGAGAAACUUUGAACUGAAAUGUUUUAACGCUCAGACUGAAAUCCUGAAAAACUCUGAAUCAGACGAGUUUCUCUGGAUUAUAAAAACACUAAAGCUGCAGGUGUCUCUGUGGAACGUUAAGAAGUUUUCUGCACUUUUCACUCAGGAGGAGAAACGUGAGAGAGAGACAGAAACUGUAGACCUGGAUCUGGAGCUCAGUGAUCAUGUUUCUCUCUCCAGUGAACAAAGAAAAUCCUCCACGUGUUAGAUCUUGUUCUCUGAGGAGCUGAAGGAGAACAUGAAACCUCCUCUGAUGCAACAGUUCUCCAGAAAGAACUGGGAUCAGCCUGGACCUGAGGGUUCAACAGAGAGAGUCAGCAGACCUGAUCAGGUUUACGUAGUCUUUGAUCAGGUUUACGUAGUCUAUGAUCAGGUUUAUGUAGUCUAAGUUCAGGUUCACCCUGAUCCAGUUUUUGUCGCUUCUCAUCCGUGAAGUCCAAACCCUCCUGGUCAUAAACAGUUUAUUAGUCCUGGUCCUGCUCAGUCCUGCACAGUCAGACCGAGGUCAGUCAGACCGAGGGCGAGGGGAGUGUCUGAUUCACACCCUGAUCCAAAGUCCCACAGACACACUAAAGUCUUAAAGUCCCAGACCUUUACAGCAACAAGAUCCUCUAUGAGUCCAGGACUAACCUCCUCCAGACAAGAUCAGGACUUUCACACAUGAAGCUCACAGAGUCCAACAAGAACUCAAGAACUGGAACUUCCUUACAGCAGGCUGGGCGGGGGGGUCAGGUUCAGACCCUUGGAGCCGGUCUGGUUCUGGUUCAGGGAACUAAUCAGGAGUUAGGAGCAUGUUCCCAGAAACAGUCACCAUGGGGGGCCUCCAUAAACCGAGAACAUGAUUAUUAUUGUUAUAGAAGUGUCCAUGAAAAGAAACGAGGACUUCAAACAGACAUAGAAAUCUUCACAUAGAUGCUCAAAGGUUCAAACAGGAAGUGGUUUUUGUUUUCAUGUCUGACAUGUUUUCUACAGCAGGGUUCACAGGGUUCGACAGUGCGACUGUUUCACUCAGAUUUACGACUAAAAUAGACGUGUGUGAAUUAUAAAAUGUAUUUAGAGUCACAUGUACGCAUAAAAAAACAACAAAUGUUUUUUUUCCUGUAAAUACGGCGGUGAAGUUAGUUUCAGGUUGGAUAUAUUUUCCUGUAAAUAUGGCGGUGAAGUUAGUUUCAGGUUGGAUAUAUUUUCCUGUAAAUACAGCGGUGAAGUUAGUUUCAGGUUGGAUAUAUUUUCCUGUAAAUACGGCGGUGAAGUUAGUUUCAGGUUGGAUAUAUUUUCCUGUAAAUACGGCGGUGAAGUUAGUUUCAGGUUGGAUAUAUUUUCCUGUAAAUACGGCGGUGAAGUUAGUUUUAGGUUGGAUAUAUUUUCCUGUAAAUACGGCGGUGAAGUUAGUUUCAGGUUGGAUAUAUUCUCCUGUAAAUACGGCGGUGAAGUUAGUUUCAGGUUGGAUAUAUUUUCCUGUAAAUACGGCGGUGAAGUUAGUUUCAGGUUGGAUAUCUGACGGACAUUCUCUGAGGAUCUACCGGUGUCUUCUCACUCUCCAUAACCGGGAAUAACAACAGCAGCGUGGUUAAAUCUACUCGACACCCUCACUGUCAACGUCGGUGUUGAAUAAGGGACCGUCAAUAAAUUACCGGUUGAUGUUCUCAGAAAAGGCUGUUUUCCUUCAAUAGCUUCACUGUCAUGUGACCAAAAGACCUGAAAUUGAUUUCUAAUAAUAGCACUAAGGUCGAUCAAUAAGACAAACAUUAUUGAUCAGUUUUCAUUGAUCCCCUAAAGUUCAGAGUUAGAGUCGAUCCCUGGUUCACAAAUAUCCUUGAUACCAGGUCAAAAAACCUCCGACCCAGGCUCCUCCAGACUUUUAUUCUCUAGGAUCUCUCCGACGGUCUGAAAGAUCCGACCCGUUCACUCCUCUGAUGAAACUCGAGACUCUGGGAAACUUGAGCGAGUCCAGCUCUCAGUAACAUGAACUCCGAUAGAGCUCGCUGCAGUGAACCUGAUCAACGCCACGCCGCUGAUCUGAAACAAGAGCUGGAUAUGAACCUUCUCUGUCGGAGCCACGGUGGACCGCUUCCAGUUAACAGGGAGGACAGCAGGACUCCAAAAGUCCCAAAAAUGUCAAGUAGCCUCCUUUGCCGGAGGUCUGAGGACCCCGGUGGGAGUACAGACUAAAGCCGCGUUCAGACCAAACGCGACCAGGUCGCGUCGCGUCGCGUUGGUCGGUCAGGUCGCGUCGCUUGGUGCCCUGGUGUGUCAACACCGGGUCCAAAGCUGCAGUCGCAGGUCGCGGCUGGUCGCAGGUGACGUCAUCCAUGUCACUAGCUCAGUUUUCAGUUCAUCAGUGCUGCCGCAUAUCUGUACAUCCGCAGUAGACGCCGCCGGCGUUUAUGGGUGCAUGAAACCAUCCGGAGGAGGACGGAGCUGGGUGAAUUUCACCGCUUGCUCCAGGAACUCCGCCUGGACGACGGCCGCUUCCAGCGGUACUUCCGUGUGUCGACGGCGCAGUUCGAGGACCUCCUCGCCCGGGUGGGAAGCAGCAUCUCCCGCCUGGACACGAAAUACAGGCGCUCCGAAACUGAGAUGCUUCUUCUUUGGCGUUGCGGUCCCGGUACAGCCCGCAACCCACGUCGUAUAGCACCGGGUGGUAGCUAACGGAUGUGAUUAACUGCUCCUCCAUUGUGAUUCUUCUUCUCCUCUUCCUUGUUUCGCCGGUUUGUUGACGUCAGCAGAGCCCUGAUUGGCUGUCGCGGCACGGAGUCGCGCCCAAAGUUCAAAUAUUUGAACUUUGGGAGCGACGCGACUUGGCGUCCUGCGACCUCGGCGACGCGACCUCGGGGACGCGCCUUGGCGACCGGUCGCGCCCGGUCGCCCGGUCGCGCAUGGUCGCGUCGCAGGAAGCCGGCGGUCGCCAAGUCGCGUCAGGUCGCGGCUGGCCAUAGACUUUGCAUUGGGAGCCGUCGCCAAGUCGCGUCAGGUCGCGUUUGGUCUGAACGCGGCAUAACGGGGGGAUCCCUUUAGAGUUUAGCUGAGGGUCUGAGACUUCAGUAAAACCAGUCAGAGUUCUAGUACCCUAAAGUACCGGCCUGGGCAGGCCAGGACUAAGAAAUGUCCCUGAAACUUCAUCCAGUAUCCUUCAUAGGGGGUUUGGACUUUAUCAGGUACCAAGCUGGCACUAAGACCAGGGUCUAUCCAAGGUCACCCUCUCUCAAUAAGAGGGUUCCUGCCAGACCAGAAUCAGCCGAGUCUGGGGUCUGAGUGUGAGGCAGAGGUUCAGGACUUUGUCUGGUUGUUUUCACAGGAGGGGGGGCGAGCCGCCGCUGAUUAACGGCUGGAUUCCGUACAUUGGAAAGGCCCUGGAGUUCGGACGAGACGCACACGGGUUUCUGGAGGACCACAAGAGGAGACAUGGAGACAUUUUCACGGUGCAGAUGGCAGGUUAGUAUCCAGUUAGUGUUUAUGACACGCCGUCGACUCAGUGACGCCCCCCAGUGGUUCCUGAAGAGGUGUUCAAAAGCCCAAAGAUGGAGUCACUGAAGUUGACGCUGACUCUGUCUGACUUCCUGUUGGGUCAUCGCUGAGUCACCUGACUAACACCGCCACCCAACCCUCAAAGUCCGGGUUUAGGAACACAGGAAAGUCCUGAUAAGUCAGUCUCACAUGUUAGUCCUGUUGACUCGGUCCGACAGGAUCAGAGUCACCGGGGGUGGGGGGGUGAGUCAGCUGAUAGACUCCUGUGUUUUAAACUCUUGACCUCUCCUCCUCUUCCUCACAACUUCAUCUUUGCUGUAAAACACAAAAGUCUAAAUUCUCGGAGCUUUUCCUCAAAUGAAACCGUCAAAGACAGAAAUCCCACAAAUCAGAGUCUGAGUCCAGGUCCUCUCGUGGACCCGGUCCUUUAGGUAUCAGGUGAACUUUCUUUCUCUGGGUUCUGGACUCUCACAGACUCUCUCUGUCUGUCUGUAUUACCCGGGACUUCCACCGCAUCCGAUCUGGAACGGCUCCGAUCUGGAACGGCGGCGAUUUUCGUUGUUCCCCAAUUUCUACCAGAUCCAUUUGUGAGGCGAAUUUCGUGGCAGAUUACAGACAGCAGGAAUCAGGAGAACUCACAGAUUCACGUUCAAUCUCACGAUAACGAGUUGUCUCUCUAAAGACAGACACAUAGACAUAUAAGCAGUAGAUUGUGUCCUUCCAGAGGAGGAAAUCUACUUCUAGACUUCUAGAAUCAGCAUCUCCUCAUCCAUGGUGUCAUCGGAGUGAAAUGACGUCUAAAAACCUUUCACUUGUUCGUCUCCGCCCGUUUGCAUGGUGUGAAAUACGAUCCUCCUGAAACACGGAGUGUUUUAUUUUGAAAAGAAGUCGGAUGUUUUAUUUUGAAAAGAAGCCGGAUGUUUUAUUUUGAAAAGAAGUCGGUGUAAAUUGACACGUUAACUUGAAUGGUUACGAUCAGCUACGAUCGGAGGAUACGACCUUUUAGGAGACGAUCAGGAUGAAGGUGGAGGUCGGUGGUUAUUGUGAUGUUUACUCUGAAGCUGCCCUCACUCAGGUGUGCUCCCCCUGCAGGUAAAUACAUGACCUUCAUCAUGGACCCACUGCUCUUCCCAAACAUCAUCAAACAUGGCCGCCAGCUGGACUUCCACGAAUUCUCCAACAAGGUGGCGCCCCCAACCUUCGGUUACCCGCCCACCAACAGCCGGAAGUUCCCCCGCCUUCAGGAGCAGAUCGGCCGGUCCUUCCAACUCCUUCAGGGCGAAAACCUCACCCCCCUGACGGAGAGCAUGAUGGGUAAUCUGAUGCUGCUGUUCCGUCAGGACCACCUGAGGGAGGGGGCGGGGCCUGAGGGCGGCUGGAGGAGCAGCAGCAUGUACGAGUUCUGCAUCUCGGUCAUGUUCGAGGCCACGUUACUCACCAUGUACGGCCGGCCGGUGUCGGCGCAGAGGCACAGCGGGAUGGGUGUGCUGCGGGAGGACUUUGUGAGGUUCGACUCCAUGUUCCCUCUGCUCAUGGCCCAGAUCCCCAUCAGCCUGCUCCGACAGACCAAAGCCAUCCGAGAAAAACUCAUCAACUACUUCCUGCCGCACAGGAUGUCGUGCUGGUCCCACACGUCACAGUUCAUCCAGAGACGAUCGGAAGUGUUCGAGCAGUACGACGCGCUGAGGGACGUCGACAAAGCAGGUACGUGCUUCCACAGAGUCUAUUCCUGAUGAGAAAGACAACAACGGCACCAAACCGGGACGGUUCUGUUUGAGGUCAGAGUCCAGAAGCCUCCGAGUCGACCUGCACUCUGUUCAAUAAAGACCUUUAGGAAGAGACGUCCACCUCAGGUCAGGGUCAGGAGUCUCUGUGUCUAAGUUCAGUGUCGCUAUGACAACCUACUGACCGAACUUCCUGUUUAUCCCGUUUACUUAAUACCCCAAAAAGACGGAACACUGACCGCAGCAAAGAUAAAACCAGAAGAUGAAGGAAAACAAAUCAUAGAAGUUAUUAAACCAACAAACGGGUCAAAAGUUCUGAUAGAGGAAGAACAUUUAUGAUCAUUUUACAGACGCUGUAGUUCUUCUGUCUUAGCGUCUCGGUCUGAUUGUAUUUCCAUGAAGAAAUGAUGAAGAAAUGAUCAUUAAUGUUCUUCCUUGAGCUGCGGCACCCCGCUGUAGUCUGUAAUGGACUGGCCUGAGGUCUCUCUACAAACAAGCGUCUGCUGGAAGAGAGUAGGUGAGUUGUGUUUAGAGUAGAUCAUGGUGUAGUUCCGUUCAGUAACAGAACCUCAUUGGAAAAUUAGCUGAUUUAACUUUACUGUGCUCUUGUUCAAAUAUAUUAACUCGACAGCACAUUAAUCCAUACCUGUUAACAAAAUCAUGAUUUUAUUGAUAAUUCGGCUCAAUAAAAACACCUUUACCUUUUCAUUUUACUACAGUAGAAGUUUAUUGGCCCAGCUUAUAGACUACAGAGGUGGAGAAACGCCCCCGCUUAAGUUUAUGUUUUCUUAGGAGUUAGAACAACUCUGAAUAUAGUACUAUGUCUGUGACCCUAUAUGUCCUGUUGAUGAAGUUAGGUGCUGUUCUGAACAUUAUUUGUGGCUAUAGAGUGGCGUUACGGUGAAUUUGACCCUACAUUAAUUUUACGGCGGAAUAUCCCUUUAAAGUCUGUUAAUCUGAGUCUUUCCUCUGAUCCAGUUUUUAUGAUUAUUAUCAGAGAAACUUUGAAUGAAGCUCAGCUGCUCUUACUUUGAUCAGACAUCAGCAGACUUUUAUUUUGGCGGGUCUGUGGGUUAAUAUUGGUGAAUUGAUCUGUUCUCCUCGGUUUGUCGUACCCUGCAUGUUCUCCUUAGUUUCCCAGAGUUAACACAGAUGUCUGUCGGAUGUGUUGAGUAACCUCAGUCAGUGUGGGGGUGGAUCUCUUCACUUUCUUCAUGAUUAGAAGUUUAACAGGAAACAAAGUUUGGCUGAAGUCUCAGUGAGACUUGGAUCCCGAGUUCACUCAGAGUUUUGAGAGCUGAACGUGGUUGGUGAAUGAACUCCUUUAUCUCACUGUUUGCUCUCGUUCUCUCCUGAGUUUCUGCUCCACACCCACGUCUAAACGGAGACCUUAGAUAAUCUGUGGGUGAGAACGUGGAGACAAACAGCAGAUUACACGACUUCAUCCUGACUCAGUGGAAACAGACAGAGGCUGAUAGUGUCCAUCAGAAAAUCCCAGUACUGACCGACUAACAGGUCAUCAAACUGGGACCCGGUCAGUCCGAGUUGAGACUGAAGGUCCGGGUGAUGAUAUGGGCGUGUUUCAAACCGGGUUUGGCGUCUGAGUAGGUGGGGUUAGCGUUCUCCUGUCCGACUCAUCAGAUGACUGACUCGUCGUCUUCUUCCUGCGUCUCUUUCAGCCCAUCACUUCGCCAUCCUCUGGGCGUCUGUCGGGAACACCAUCCCCGCCUGCUUCUGGUCCAUGUACUACCUGGUGAGUCACCCUGAGGCCCUGGAGAAGGUCCGUCAGGAGAUCCAUGAGGCCCUGAGGCUCAGCGGCGUGGAGUUCAGCACAGACAAAGACGUGGCGCUGAGCAGAGAGCAGCUGGAUAAACUCCUGUACCUGGGUAUGAGUCUGUUCACAUGUUCAGGUCCCGUGAUGGUCCCGGCUGACUGUUCUUUAGAACUGGAUGAUGAAGGAUUCUGGUCUUUGUCCACAGAGAGCGCCAUCAACGAGAGCCUCCGCCUGUCCUCCGCCUCCAUGAACAUCCGUGUGGUCCAGGAGGACUUCAGUCUGCGGCUGAACGCCGAGCGCUCGGUGAAGGUCAGGAAAGGUGACUUCAUCGCUCUCUACCCUCAGAGUAUGCACAUGGACCCCGAGAUCUACGAGAACCCACAGGUACGACCGGUUUUACUGCUCAGCCGUGUAGAAGUUCAGGUCCAACACUCCUGCCUCCAGUUUCAAACUCUGAGGUCAGCGCGUCUUUGGAGGACUGUGAAAGGGACAGACUUUUAACAUCUGCGCUCUUCAAGUUCUUUAAAAUCCAGUAUUUACAUAUUUGGAAAAUGAAACCAGAACCCAGAUGUUCAGUCUGUAAACUUCACACUGUUGUGACUCUAAUACCAGUGUUAGUGUGUUAGUGUGUUAGUGUGUUAGUGUUAAUGUGUUAGUGUUAGUGUGUAAGUGUGUUAGUGUGUUAGUGUUAGUGUUAGUGUGUUAGUGUUAGUGUUAGUGUGUUAGUGUUAGUGUGUAAGUGUGUUAAUGUGUAAGUGUGUUAGUGUUAGUGUUAGUGUUAGUGUGUUAGUGUUAGUGUUAAUGUGUUAGUGUUAGUGUGUAAGUGUGUUAAUGUGUUAGUGUGUUAGUGUGUUAGUGUUAGUGUGUUAGUGUUAAUGUGUUAGUGUGUUAGUGUUAGUGUUACUGUUAGUGUGUUAGUGUGUUAGUGUUAGUGUGUUAGUGUUAAUGUGUUAGUGUGUUAGUGUUAGUGUUAGUGUGUUUGUGUGUUAGUGUUAGUGUGUUAGUGUGUUAGUGUUAAUGUGUUAGUGUUAGUGUGUUAGUGUUAAUGUGUUAGUGUGUUAGUGUUAGUGUUAGUGUUAGUGUGUUAGUGUGUUAGUGUUAAUGUGUUAGUGUUAAUGUGUUAGUGUGUUAGUGUGUUAGUGUUAGUGUUAGUGUUAAUGUGUUAGUGUGUUAGUGUUAGUGUUAGUGUUAGUGUGUUAGUGUGUUAGUGUUAGUGUUAGUGUUAAUGUGUUAGUGUGUUAGUGUUAGUGUGUUAGUGUGUUAGUGUUUGUGUGUUAGUGUGUUAGUGUUAGUGUUAAUGUGUUAGUGUGUUAGUGUUAGUGUGUUAGUGUGUUAGUGUUUGUGUGUUAGUGUGUUAGUGUUAGUGUUAGUGUGUUAGUGUUAGUGUGUUAGUGUUAGUGUGUUAGUGUUAGUGUGUUAGUGUGUUAGUGUUAAUGUGUUAGUGUUAGUGUGUUAGUGUGUUAGUGUUAAUGUGUUAGUGUUAGUGUUAGUGUGUUAGCGUUAGUGUGUUAGUGUAAGUGUUAAUGUGUUAGUGUUAGUGUGUUAGUGUUAGUGUGUUAGUGUGUUAGUGUGUUAGUGUGUUAGUGUUAAUGUGUUAGUGUGUUAGUGUUAGUGUUAGUGUGUUAGUGUUAGUGUGUUAGUGUGUUAGUGUGUUAGUGUUAGUGUUAAUGUGUUAGUGUGUUAGUGUUAGUGUGUUAGUGUGUUAGUGUUUGUGUGUUAGUGUGUUAGUGUUAGUGUUAGUGUGUUAGUGUUAGUGUUAGUGUGUUAGUGUUAGUGUGUUAGUGUGUUAGUGUGUUAGUGUUAGUGUUAAUGUGUUAGUGUUAGUGUGUUAGUGUGUUAGUGUGUUAGUGUUAGUGUUAAUGUGUUAGUGUGUUAGUGUUAGUGUGUUAGUGUUAGUGUGUUAGUGUUAGUGUGUUAGUGUGUUAGUGUUUGUGUGUUAGUGUGUUAGUGUUAGUGUGUUAGUGUUAGUGUUAGUGUGUUAGUGUUAGUGUGUUAGUGUGUUAGUGUGUUAGUGUUAGUGUUAAUGUGUUAGUGUUAGUGUGUUAGUGUGUUAGUGUGUUAGUGUUAGUGUUAAUGUGUUAGUGUGUUAGUGUUUGUGUGUUAGUGUUAGUGUGUUAGUGUUAGUGUGUUAGUGUUAGUGUUAGUGUGUUAGUGUGUUAGUGUGUUAGUGUUAGUGUUAAUGUGUUAGUGUGUUAGUGUUAGUGUGUUAGUGUGUUAGUGUUUGUGUGUUAGUGUGUUAGUGUUAGUGUUAGUGUGUUAGUGUUAGUGUGUUAGUGUUAGUGUGUUAGUGUUAGUGUGUUAGUGUGUUAGUGUUAAUGUGUUAGUGUUAGUGUGUUAGUGUGUUAGUGUUAAUGUGUUAGUGUUAGUGUUAGUGUGUUAGCGUUAGUGUGUUAGUGUAAGUGUUAAUGUGUUAGUGUUAGUGUGUUAGUGUUAGUGUGUUAGUGUUAGUGUUAGUGUGUUAGUGUUAGUGUGUUAGUGUGUUAGUGUGUUAGUGUGUUAGUGUUAAUGUGUUAGUGUGUUAGCGUUAGUGUCACUGUGUUAGUGUCACUGUGUUAGUGUUAAUGUGUUAGUGUUAGUGUGUUAGUGUUAGUGUUAGUGUGUUAGUGUGUUAGUGUGUUAGUGUUAGUGUGUUAGUGUUAAUGUGUUAGUGUUAGUGUGUUAGUGUGUUAGUGUUAAUGUGUUAGUGUGUUAAUGUGUUAGUGUUAGUGUGUUAGUGUGUUAGUGUGUUAGUGUUGUUAUCAUGAUUCUUCGUGUUGAGCGCCGCUGCCUCAGAGUUUGUCAGAUAUUUCUUCACAGACUCUAAAUUAAAGGGAAUGUUUGUCAGUAAAUCUUCCUGCUGGAGAGUUUCCUCGACGUUCAUCUGCUCGUGUGUCUGCAGCUCCACGGAUCAGCUGACCCUCAUUGUUGUUUCUGACCCCGUAGACGUUCCAGCUGGAUCGGUACAUCCAGGACGGCAAAGAGAAGACGGACUUCUACAAAGACGGUCAGAGGUUGAAGUAUUACCUGAUGCCCUUUGGCUCCGGCUCCUCCAUGUGUCCCGGACGAUACUUCGCCAUCAACGAGAUCAAACAGUUCCUGUGUCUGAUGCUGCUUUACUUCGACCUGCAGCUGGAGGCGGGUCAGAAACGGGCCACGCUGGACUCCAGCAGAGCCGGGAUGGGGAUCCUGCUGCCCGCCGAGGAAGUCCGCUUCUGCUACAGACUGAGAACGGACUGAUGAGGACAGGUGUGUCAAAGAGCUGCACCUGUGUCCAGACCAGGGUCCAGGUAGACCAGGGUCCAGGUAGACCAGCAGCUUCACUGUGUUUGUGUAGUUUAAGACGUACGAAAGGACAACAUGAAAACAAUACGAGUCGACCAUCUCAUGACCUGAAAUAAGCGACUCGACUCCACGCCACUCAGACCGACUCACUCAGAUAAAAACUCAACAACGUUAGUCUGACACAACUCUACUGAGCAGGAACAACCAGACCUUAGUGAACCUGAAUCUGCAGGACCUGUCCCAAGACCUUCAACCUCCAAACGACACGACUCAGCCAGACUUGUCAUGACCUGAGACCCUUCGUUGAAGCUGAACGUGAUCAAAUCUGACGCACUGACGCCGAUCUUAACGCUAACCAAAGUGACUAAGAAUGAACUGACUUGUUCACCACAGAUAACAUCUGACACUCAACCCAGCUCAUCCUGAGAACUGACGGGUCUAGACCGGCUCCACUGGACCCACAUUUCUAGACCUGAUGUUAUUUGACCAAAAAAAAAAAACUCAACCCAGUUUGUUUGAAGUUUUCCUGAAUUGACCACGAGAGUCCACGCCGCUCUGCAAACUCAGCCAACUGAUGGAGACUGAACCGGACUUUAUAAGGCGCCACUGGAACUGACUCAGACCUGAUGUGAUACCUGAGUGGGACCCACCGUGAUGGGACUUGACCGGACUUGCCCGGUGUAAUGUGAUUGAUCCAAAUGUGACUCGUCUUUUAUUACAAACAUGUUAUCCUGAUUUUAAUGUGAAUCGAACUCGACUAGAUCGAUGUCUUUGAGCCCCACUCAACACGAUGUGAUUGGACAAGACUCGACUCAACACGAUGUGAUUGGACAAGACUCGACUCAACACGAUGUGAUUGGACAAGACUCUACACUGACUGACGCCACUCAGCAGCUUCCCCCGAUGUAACUGGAAUAAUGAGCUUCUGUGAUUCCCCUGAAUGAAACAUACGGGUGCUUUUUUAACCGACUCGCCAUGAUUUACUGGGACCACACCUGACUCGACUUGGUAUGAUGUGAUUGGACCAGACUUGACCUGGUAUGAUGUGAUUGGACCUGACUCGACUUGGUAUGAUGUGAUUGGACCUGACUCGACUUGGUAUGAUGUGAUUGGACCUGACUCGACUCCAUGUGAAAUGAUAUAAUCUGACUCGACGGGAUGAUGUGAUCCUCUUUACGGCCCUAUAAGUGACUCCAGUCGACCUGAUGCGGAGUAUAAAGACUCGACUGACCCUUGACCGGACCGGACCGGACCGGACCGGACCUGUUUGUGACGGUUUGAUGAACUACUGGUGCUGAUCCUCCUCAGCACACUGACUACAGUCUAAAAACACUAACGCUCGUGAUUCAGCAGCUUUAUGAAUGUAUGAAGGGUGAGCUCACAUUCACACAUUCACUCUAAAUUCACUCUAUGAUGCACCUUUUUUACCCAGAGUCAGCUGAAUGAGCCAAGUACAAAACUGAACUUUAUGCAAAAGAACUUCUUUUAUUGUAAACAGUUCUGAUGUUUAUACGUCGGCCUCUGAAUCUAAGAUGUUUUCUCCGCUGUUGCUUUACUACUGUUGAUACUAAAGAAAGAGGAAAUCUGGGCGCCUGUUUGUUUUCAAGUUUAACUCUCUGAGCAGAAACUUUUCUCCACAUUAGACAUGACUGAUAAAUAAACAGGUGUGACUCUUUUAGAGUCACUUUUUAUCACGUUCAGAGCGAUUACUGUGAGCUUUAUUACCUGAACUUUAGCCGUGAAAAUGUUGAAGGUUCAGUCAAAGUCAAAUGUUAAAUUUAAAGAUCAAAAAGGAAAUCUGUAACUAAGAAAGAAAAUCUUAUUUGUAGACUUUUCUCGGGUCACAAAGUCAAAAUGUUUUUGAUAGAAAUAUGAAUUAAUGGAAAAAAAUGUAAAAUCUGAAAUUUGAUGUUUAUUGUUGUUCAGUUUUAAUCUGACUUUAAACUCUUUGACCGAAUGUUGAAUCUUAAUGUUGAAUAUUAAAUCAUGAAUCUUACAAUCAAAUCCAAAUAUCUGUUGGUUUAUAUUAAAGGUAAAUAUUAGAUGUCAAAAAUGUAAUAAUGAAAAAUAAACUAUUAAAAUUAAAUGUAGAACCUUCUUGUAUCAUAAAUGUUAAAUUUAUUCGUUAAAUGUUUCAUCUAAAUUUGAGAUUAUAGAUAAAAAUUUUAACAUUUUGAUUGAAAAUUUACCAUUUUUGAAAAAAUAAUAAAUGUUAAAUCUGAAUUAUUAACAGUAUAUUUUUAAAUCUGAAUGUAAAAAUUAAUUAUCUACUUAAUUUAAAAUUUAGAUGUAGAUGAUAAAUUUCUAAUCAGGUGUUGAACGUUAGAUAUGAGUUUAGUUUCUAAUGAAAAUAAUGUUUAACGUCAAAUCUAAAUGUUUAAUUUUUAUUUUGGUGUUAAAAGUUAAAUCUUAAUGUUGGACAUGAAUUUAUAUCUGUACUAAAAAUCUUCACAGUAAAUCUGAGUGUUAAAUAUUCACACACAGUAAAUCUGAGUGUUGAAUCCAAAUGUUUAAUUUUAAUUUCAGUGUUUAAAGUUAAAUUUUAAAUGUUGAAUGUUUUAAUCGUUAGAAUUAAAAGUAGCGUUUAUGCAAAUCUGACUUAGAUCAAAGAGGGACGUUUUCUUUCUUAUAAGAAUAAAAUAAAUAAAAUCUGAGUUCAUGAAUUUUGCUCCACAGAUGUAAAAAUCACUUUUGAAUGUUUUAUCUCUGAAUGUGGAGAAACGUUUCUGUUUGAAACUUGACGAUCUUCGCCCUUAAAGAUCCAGUCCGAGGUUUUAGUGAACCCUCCACAGUCCAGCAUUCAGACUCUGUCAGUCCAGCUCAGCAGAUGGAAACUUUAGACCUGGUCCAUCAAAAGCAAAGAAAAACCAUCUCCAUGAGUGAUGAUGUUAGCAUAACCGAGCUUUUGAACUCCACCGCCCGGCAGGAGGUGUUGGACUCACAGCUCUGAGGAUCUGGUGACUUUUUUUAACUAGCUGGUUGACUAACAAGUUAAUCUCAGCGCUGAUGAGAGGAUUUCUAAAAACAUGGGACUGCUCCUUUAGUGAUGCUGUCGUGGACAGAGGGACAGACUCUGAGGGAGUCGAACGGCAGCUGUGAACGUUCAGUUUUCAGAUAUUUAAACGUUAAAAAACUUUGUUGUAAUUUUUUAUAACACUUUUAAAAUGUAACGAGCUGCUUCUGCUUCAUGAAUAAUAAACGAUUUUUUUACUUGAAAGUC